AUGACAUAUUAUUCACGUAAAAAAAGUGAUGAAGGUUGUGAAGAUGUUUGUGGUGGGCAGAACCCCUUCUUUGAGGAGGGAUACCAGCGCGUCGCCCUCGAUCACCUCCUGCGCUCGGCGGGAAUCGAGGACGACGACCUGCUCAUAAUGUCUGACGUGGACGAGAUCCCGAGCCGCCACACGAUCGACUUGCUGAGGUGGUGCGAAGAUAUUCCUCCCGUCCUGCAUCUGGAGCUCAGGAAUUAUAUAUACUCGUUCGAGUUCAGGAAGGAGCACGUGAGCUGGCGGGCCUCGGUGCACAGGUACGUGAGGGGGAAGACGAGGUAUGCGCACUACCGGCAGACGGAUGUGCUGCUGGCCGACUCGGGAUGGCACUGUAGCUUCUGCUUCCGGUAUUUGAGUGAUUUUGUUUUCAAGAUGAAGGCGUACAGUCACGCGGAUCGUGUGAGGUUCUCGCGUUUUCUGAACCCGAAGAGGAUUCAGGAGAAGAUAUGUGAGGGGGCGGACUUGUACGACAUGCUGCCGGAGGAGUACACGUUUAGGGAGAUGAUAGGUAGGAUGGGGAGUAUUCCGCAUUCGUAUUCAGGGGUGAACCUGCCUUCGUACCUCGUCGAGAAUGCGGAGGAGUACAAGUAUUUGUUGCCAGGGAACUGCAUGAGGGAACAGAGGUGA